CAGCUAUCGCGUACAGCAAACAAGCUGCAAGUUGCUAUCGAGCUGCAGUGGCGUUCGGCUCUACUCCCACUCCGCUCGACUGCAGAAGACCCUGCAGACCCAGACGUCGACGGUAACCGGCAGCAGCUGUUGCUAUUGGCUCGUAUCUGGUUGAUCGUUUGCUUCGCGCAGCAGCGCCCUCCUCCUUUUGCACGGUGCGAGUGGUUUGCCUACAAAAGCCCUGCAUAGCUCGGCACCUGUCGAACGAACAGCCAGCUGUCCGCCGUCUAAGGGGGCAGCCCAAAGCGACCCAGAGCAGUUACACUCACUAUUACUGCUCGGUGCAGUUGAGUUGUUAAGAAUUCGGUCUAUUCAAACAAAUCCGAAAUCGCCUCAAGUCUCGAAAUUGUUGUUGGGUGCUAGACGGAACACAGCUUAUCAGUGCCUGCUUGAUCAGUUCAUGGUUGUUUUCUUUUGCAAGUAGUGAUUAUUACUAGUAAAGUUCAAGUUGUAAGGAUGCAUCGCAGCUUUGUACUUCAGUGCUGUGGCUUGUUGUUCAUCGUCGGACUCGCCCUCGCAGGACCUCUGGCCAAGGACAAGUCCGAGAGGAUCACUCCCAAACAAACCGUCGAGGAGUUCUUUACAUCAAACUGGGGCGAAUGCGAGCCGCUGAAGAACCCUUUGGUCCUUCCUGAAAUCAGUGACGCUGCCACAUGGGAACGCUGCCGUGUUCAUAUCCCACUUUCGCCAGAUCAAGUCGAGGAAGCUUUGCCUAACCUUAGCAGAUGUAUGUUGAAGGUCAUCGGUUGGGUUCGUGCCAAUGGAAACAUGAACUUGACGAAGUAUAUGGAUUACCUUUCGCAGGCUGGACUUGACGACAAAACCCUGGAGCUGACGAAGACUGCUCACGAGAAAUGUUCGCAGCGUGCUCUGUCGGACGGUUCUGGCGAUUACAAGGAGCAGGAUAAAAUAUACGUGGAGUGCAUCUUCAGGCACUUUGAUAAAACGUGCCCGCCCAACUUCCAGGCCGCUGUAAAGCAGGGUUACAUUGUUGGCAUUACCCAAAUCUCUUUUGUGCCGCGUUACGACGAAGUUGAAGUAGAGAGUGAUACGGACGCUGAAACUGAGGGUCAGGCUGGACCUAGUGUUGCUGACGCAACCGGUGAGGCGGCCGCCAACGACAACGCCAAUGGCAGCGGCGGCCCGCAGUAAUUCUAAGUCACAAAUGAGCAAGCAGAGCGGGUCGAUAGUAUCAAUAGAUAGGGCUGCACCACCCCCUUACGAAACACUCCUGAUAAAAAUGCAUGAGUGGAUAGAAAUUCUUGGAGUUUACUUUGAAUGGUCAAAUACACAUCUGAGUAUUGGCUGAUAGAUAGGAACAAAGCCUAGAUCUGUUGAAUUUGUUUUACUGGGGGGCGUUCAACCCCGGGGGUUAACCCCUCUAACACCGACGUAACUGUACAAAGUACAACCAAUGCUGAGGUGAGACCGCAGGGUAGCGAGACUGACAAGCAGUUACCAUUGUCGUUUAUCAACGCGAAACACUGAAUCUAGCAAAUAUUCAUCUAGCUAGUAUCAUCUAGUAGAUACCGAGACGUACUUUUGGCUGUAUUUUAAUACGAGCAAACAGUAAUCACCCAAGCUCAUUCAGUCAAUCUAGCCCAUCCAGACGUUCUGACUUGCUAUAGGGAUCUCAUAUCCAUAUUUUUCACAUUUAUUCUUCUGUGCUCCGAUAACGGACUCUGUUCAAAAGGCAGCACCUAGUUAACAAGAUUUCAGAAACAAAUGUACUUGAAAAAAUAGAGCUACAUAAUGUGUGUAAUGCAAAUUUACGCGCGCAGGGAUCGUACAUUAGUAAUACGGUAAUAACUCACCGACGUUAAAGCCUUAAAUGUUCAAAAGGCUUUAAAAAAGAUAACCCGAGGGAUACUCUGCGGUGUGGAGCGUGUACGUGCGCUGCACGCCUUUCCGUCGGUGAAUUAGAACUCAUCGUUUUAAAAGGUGGUAAAAUUAUUGUGUUUGCUGUAUUCGGUUUGCCAAGCCUGCACUAUAGCCAGGUACCAACCCAUCAUUACAAAGAGAUCUGUGAUACGAACGAAAACAUCCUACUCCACACUCUGCAUGAAGUAUAUACACAAAGAUAAACCGAUUAUCGCUCACUUCGAAAAAAAACUACGUAUAAACUAUAUAUAACUGAAAAGUGCAUCUGUGAAAUUUACAUAGACGACAUAUUAAGCGAUCGUUAUCAGGCGAAACAGUUAAUUCAUUAAAUCAGCAAGAUUUUUCCAUUAGACCCGA